UAAAACAAGACAGCAUUGGAUGCUGUAGUUAGGGAAAACCAUGACUUCUGGCUGGAGCAGAGGUCACUUGACUGACUGCACUAUCCAGAGGUGGAAGAUACAACCAAAGGAGUUCAAGGACGUUUAUGACCCGAGUGUACUUCCCAAGGUGACUUAUCUGCUUUAUGAAAUUAAAUGGGGCAACAGCACCAAGAUAUGGAGAAACUGGUGCCGAAACACCAGCACCCAGCAUGCUGAAAUCAACUUCCUGGAAAAUGCCUUCAAGGAAAGAUCUUUCAAUCCUUUGACCCACUGCUCCAUCACCUGGUUCCUCUCCUGGAGUCCUUGCUGGAAAUGCUCUCAAUCUGUGGUAGAGUUCCUGAAGACAUACCCCAAAGUGAACCUAGAAAUGUAUGUAGCGCGGCUCUUUUGGCAUGAAGACAGAAGCAACCGUCUAGGCCUGCGUGACCUGGUAAUGAAUGGAGUCACCAUUAGAGUCAUGGACCUCUCAGCUUACAACUAUUGUUGGAGAACAUUUGUCAACCAUCAAAAUGUAGACGACUACUGGCCUUGGCACCUCACCCCAUGGAUAAUGUUCUUUUCUUUUGAACUCCAGCUUAUCCUUCAGGGCUCUGCAGCCAGUUUACAGAUCUGGCCAGCAAGUAGCAAUCAGGUUCCGAGUUUCAGUCUUAUUCGACCAGAAUAUAGUCACCUAAUGCCUCUGCAAAGGGUCGGUACAGAAGCCAGUCCUGUGAAGCCAUCACAUUACUGGCCUGAAUCAACGGUCAAUCACCAGCAACAGCUAGUGUUUGGGCCUGGACCAAUAGCCAAUCACCUGCAACAGCCAAUGUUUAGGCCUGGACCAGCAGUCAGUCAUCAUCAGCCACUAGUGUUUGGACCUGGAACAAUCGCCAAUCACCUGCAACAGCCAAUGUUUAGGCUUGGACCAGCAGUCGGUCAUCAUCAGCCACUAGUGUUUGGACCUGGACCAAUAGCCAAUCACCUGCAACAGCCAAUGUUUAGGCCUGGACCAGCAGUCAGUCAUCAUCAGCCACUAGUGUUUGGGCCAGGACUAUCGACCAGUCACCAUCUGCAACCUGUGUUUAGGCCAGUACUACCAGCCAAUCAGUGACAGCAACAGGAUUCAGGCCUAGACCAUUAGCCAAUCAACAGCAACAACAAAGUAAUAGGCUCUGGAAUAUAUCCCCUUGGAUCUCCAUAGGAAAUAAACCCCUGGGAGUCCCCUCAUAGUUUGCACUUACGUAAACUAGGGGAAACCAUUUUAACAUACUUCAGCCAAUGCCCUUAUUAUGAAUAACCCUAAACAUUUAUUGCUCCUAUGAACAGUUUUGUGAGGAAAUAAUUUGUGAUGCUGUGACGCUCUGUACCUCGGGGGAACACCCUACACCCCCAGGUUCUUCUUUAUAAAAUGAU